AGUGGGAGUUGAACAAAGAAGAGGAUAGGACAUGUUCUACGUAUUACAUCUAACUCCCACCGAAGCCACAUAAAUUAAUCUCUUUCUUCUUCUCUUUCAUUUUCCUUUCCCAAAUGGAGCAGCGCUGCCAGUCAUGAACGCAACAUUGUCCUCAUCCUCCUGCUCUUCCUCGCUACUUUCUAAUCCAUACUCACUCACUCACAACCUCACUUUCCACUGGUCCCUUCCUCCAUCACCUUCCUCCACCCUAAACACCACCACCACUACCACCGUCAAGUCCAAACCCGCGCGCCUUUACCGUGCGCACACCGAACAAGCCAAUCCUACAACAGCAGACCUUUCUCUCACUACUGCUAGUAAUGACCAGAGACUCUUGUCUCUCCUCCGCCAAAGAAAAACCGAAGAGGCUUGGACCCUCUAUACCCAAUCCACUCACCUUCCAUGUCCCACUUGCCUUAGCCGCUUAGUCUCCCAACUUUCCUAUCAAAACACCCCUCUCAGUCUUUCUCGAGCUCAGUCCAUUCUCACGCGCCUCCGCCAUGACCGCCAACUCCACCGCCUCGAUGCCAAUUCCCUUGGUCUACUCGCCGUCUCCGCCACCAAAUCCGGUCAACUCAUUUACGCUGUCUCCCUUAUCAACUCCAUGCUGCGUUCCGGCUAUCUCCCCCACGUCAAGGCCUGGUCUGCCGUUCUGAGUCGCCUCGCCUCCUCCCCGGAUGAUGGCCCUACCCAAGCUAUCAAGCUCUUUAAGUUAAUCACUCGCCGUGUACGUCGCUUCUCGGAUGUGGCAAUGGUGGCUGACUCGAGGCCGGACACGGCUGCUUUCAAUAACGUACUUAAUGCUUGUGCUAAUACGGGAGAUACGAAAAUGUUCCUCCAGCUGUUUGAGGAAAUGUCUGAGUUCGGAGCUGAGCCAGAUAUCUUGACUUAUAAUGUUCUAAUUAAGCUUUGCGCUAGGUGUGAUAGGAAAGAUUUGCUUGUGUUUGUCUUGGAGAGGGUAAUUGAGAAGGGAAUUCCUUUGUGUAUGACCACUUUGCAUUCCCUUGUGGCUGCCUAUGUUGGGUUUGAGGACCUGGAAGCCGCGGAGAAAAUUGUUCAAGCAAUGAGAGAAGAAAGGAGAGAUCUUUGUAAGAUUCUUAGGGAGGCGAAUUUGGAUGAUUAUUGUGAAGAUGAGGAAGAUACAGUCGAGGAUAAGGAUGAGAAUAAUGUGUUUAACAAGUUACUUCCAAAUUGGGUUGAAGCUAGUAACACCGAGCCACCAUUAUUGCCUAAAGCUUAUGCUCCUGACUCUAGAAUAUACACAACUUUAAUGAAGGGUUAUAUGAAGCAAGGCCGUGUAAGCGACACUAUUAGAAUGCUGGAGGCAAUGAGACGCCAGGAUGAUAAUGCAAGUCAUCCUGACCAUGUAACAUAUACUACAGUUGUUUCUGCUCUUGUAAGGGCGGGUUCUAUGGACCGUGCUCGUCAAGUACUAGCCGAGAUGACGAGAAUUGGUGUGCCUGCAAAUAGGAUUACUUAUAAUAUUCUCCUCAAGGGUUAUUGCCAGCAGCUGCAGAUUGAUAAGGCUAAGGAGUUGCUUAAAGAAAUGGCUGAUGAUGCUGAAAUUGAGCCUGAUGUGGUUUCAUAUAAUACUUUGGUGGAUGGGUGUAUACAGGUUGAUGACAGUGCAGGGGCUUUGGCCUUUUUUAAUGAGAUGCGAUCAAAAGGAAUUGCUCCCACCAAGAUUAGUUACACUACUUUGAUGAAAGCUUUUGCCUUAUCAGGCCAACCGAAGUUGGCUAACCAGGUGUUUGAUGAGAUGUUCAAAGACCCACGUGUUAAAGUUGAUUUGAUUGCUUGGAAUAUGCUUGUUGAAGGGUAUUGUAAAUUGGGAUUGGUCGAGGAAGCGAAGAAAAUAAUCCAGAGAAUGAAGGAGAAUGGAUUCUAUCCUAAUGUGGCAACUUAUUGUAGUCUUGCAAACGGUAUAGCAUUGGCUAGAAAACCAGGGGAAGCACUUCUACUUUGGAAAGAAGUAAAGGAAAGGUGUAUGGUACAAAAGGAAGGGGAGAAGAAAUCUAAUUCCGAUUCACCUGUUCCACCAACAUUGAAACCUGGCGAGGGCUUGUUAGAUACUCUGGCUGAUAUUUGUGUGCGGGCUGCUUUCUUCCAAAAGGCUCUAGAAAUAGUGGCUUGCAUGGAAGAAAAUGGUAUUCCUCCAAAUAAGACCAAGUACAAGAAAAUCUAUGUGGAGAUGCAUUCGAGAAUGUUUACUAGUAAACAUGCCUCACAGGCCAGGCAAGACAGGAGAAGAGAAAGGAAGCGAGCAGCCGAGGCUUUCAAGUUUUGGUUGGGCUUGCCAAAUUCUUAUUAUGGAAGCGAAUGGCGAUUGGAUGGAGAUGAUUAUUCUUGAUUCAGUUUAACUUCUAUGUAUUUGACUGUAUAAUGUUUCUAAUUGAAAUUCCACAGAAGUAAAAUGAAAAAUAAUUUCUAUGGGAA